GCACGACCAGUCUCGAGGCUUGCUUCGACCGUCGCGCACCUGCCGCGCUGCGUUCCAACACUCCAACACAGGCCCCCAACACUCAAUGAACGUACUACAAGUGACGUAAUAAGUAAGAGUGAUAAAGUGAAACCGUAUCGUAUUGUGCACUCAAACUUACACCAGUGUCGAGUUCGCGCCAAACAACGCGAAACAAAGGUGCAUCGGAGUUGUUUGUGCACUUAAUACGUUGCCUUGGCGACUUGUUGAUGAAUACAGGACGCGGUCUCACACUUGCAUAUCCAAUAAAGGAAUAGGUUGGGACUCACUAUGGGGAUGGGCGGCGCUAUGGACAGCUGCGGGCGCUGCAUGAAGUACUCGCUCGUCUGCAUCAAUAUCAUCACAUUUAUCGGCGGAGCCAUAGUCCUCGGCGUGGGCGCGUGGGUAUGGAGCACGCGGUCAUUCUCGUCGACGCUGUUGAGCAACAACAUGUUCGUGGCGUCCAUGGCGGUGGUGGUCGCCAUGGGGGCGGCCAUCAUGCUGCUCUCCCUGCUCGGCUGCUGCGGCGCCGCUAAGGAGGUCAAGUGCAUGCUGCUCACGUACUACAUCCUGGUAUUCAUAAUCUUCGUGGUGAUGCUGGUGGGCGGGAUCCUUCAGUUCGUGUUCCGCGAGAAGGUUCUGACGACCCUCGACCGGGAGAUGUACGCGGCGGUGCCGUACUACGGGACCAGGCAGGAGUACACGCGCGCCUGGGACGACACGCAGACGUACCUGCAGUGCUGCGGAGUGAGGAGUUACAAGGACUGGAAUGAUAACGUGCCUGAGAGCUGCUGCAAGGAAGUGUAUCAUGGACAGCGCUUGGACUGCCGGUCGUCGCCGAACCCCACUACCAUGUACACGGAGGGCUGCCUCAGCAAGACCAUCGACUUCCUAAGAGAGGAUGCCGUCUACAUCGGCGUCGUCGCCAUCAUCGUCGCGCUCAUUAUGUUACUGGCGUUGAUAUUCUCGUGCGGGCUGUUUGUGAAGAUAGAGUGACGUCACAGUCACGUGACCGCCGGUGACUAGUUUCGUGACUGUUACACACGCUUGUUGACUGGGUUCGCUUGUGUCUGUGUGCUUUCUGAUUAAUUUAUUUUUUAAAUUUCAAAUAAAAAUCUAUAUCGGUGUA